GCUGUUUGUGGACAUGGGCCUGCGCUGGCUGUGGAGGCACCGGGUGAGCGCUUUACUGGCAGUGCUGCUGAUCUUCCUGCUGCUGACGCUCCUGGCCACACGCUCUCUGCAGAACAACAGAACUCAUGAACUGAGACCUACAGCAGACAGAAGGAACCAGAGAAAAGCUGCUGAGAAACACACUCCGAUCCCACACCGACCGGCCAAACACACACCGACCGCCAGAGCCGAGCGGCAGAGAGCACACCCACCUGUGGUCUUCCUGAAAACACACCGAACGGGCGGCAGCACCGUGCAGAACAUCCUGUUUCGACUCGGGGAAAGAGAGAGCUCAACUUUCGCCUUUCCAUACCGCACGUACCAGUUUAACUAUCCAGACAGAUUUAGAGCGGUGUUUGUAGACGAGCUACCAGAGGGUUCGUCUCAGUUUGACUUGCUGUGCAGUCACAUGCGUUUGGACCUGCCCCAGGUGAGAAAGGUGAUGCCCCAGAACGCGGUCUUCAUCACGCUGUUACGAGACCCAAUCAAGACCUUCGAGUCGGUCUUCAGAUACCACACUUCCACCGUGCCAGCAUUCUUCAGCGCACACCGAGUCGCCGCCAGUGAAGGCAAACCUGCACUCAAGGUGUUCCUGGACUCUCCGGAGACUUUCUGGGACUCGAAGGAACCCAGGAACGGACUAGCCAAGAACCCCAUGAGCUUCGACAUGGGACUCAACAACCAGAAGUGGAACGGCUCCUGGCCAGAGGACCUGGCCCAGCUGGAGGAGGCCUUUCACCUGGUGAUGAUUGCCGAGCACUUUGACGAGUCCCUGGUUCUCCUGGGAGCUCUUCUUGGACUGGAGCGCGAGGAUUUGGCUUACCCGCUCAACACUCGUGCAGGAAACAGCGUGACAGAGCUGGAUGAGAACAUGCGGGCAAAGGUGCGAUCGUGGAACGUCCUGGACACGCUUCUUUACGACUUCUUCGUGCAGGUGUUCUGGGAGAAGGCGGCUCAGUAUGGGUUGGAGAGGUUGAAAGCGGAGGCGGCACGGCUCAGGGACUCUACGGAGAACAUUCGGCGGAAAUGCGUCUCCAGGGCUGCGGUUCCACCAGCGGAGCUGGAGGACCUGUUGCGCCCGCGGCAGACGGAGUUGGUCACCAUCGUGGGAUAUGAGGUGCGGGGGAACCUCUCGCUGCAGGAUCAGGGGUUCUGCGUACGGAUGAUGCUGCCUGAGCUUCAGUAUCACUCGCACUUGUACUUCAAGCAGUACGGGAGAGAUAUGAGAGCUGCUCCAGCCGACUGAGCCCUGAAAUGGUCUUCAGGCCCAGUUUUGGCCAACGGCGCUCCAGAAGCUCUUCGCAGACCAAGUCUGGUGGAACCAAAAUUGAAUGACUGCACCAUCUGAACACCAGUCCUGGAUAAAACAUCUACAUCAAGGAUUUGCACGUGUUCAACUGGGAUAAGACAGUCUUGGUACUUCCACUCAUACCAGAGGUGUUCAAUCUUUUUCCUGGAGGGUCACUUUAUGCUGCCUUCACAAGCUAUCGGAAAUUUCAUACUUCCCACUUCUAAAGUCAUAAUUACAAGUUCGUAGCAUUCAACUACUUUGUUGUUAGAAAGAAUAGGAAUCAUGGAGAAAUUUGGGGAAAUUUUAUUAAAGACAAAAAGUUUUGAAGAUAUUUAAUUAGCAUCCAGCAAAUUUUGAAUAAAAUGUAGUGUCCCAUUCAUUGACAACCAUUUAUGCGUUACAUUCGCAGCAUUAUCUAGUCAGCUUGAUGAUGAUUCUGGAAUUUCGGUCAAAUAAAUGCUGUUUUUGCUAUGCAAAAUACAUACAAUACGCAUCAAAUGGAUAUUAUAAACAAAAAUAUACAUGACUGGAACGGCAAGAGAAAGCAACGUAUAUGUUCCAGGAAAAAUGAAUGAAACUUAACAGACAAUACAGCAAUUAUCUCCAGUCAUAAAUAUGACUUGAGAGGCCGUUCAUGUCCAAUUUCCGACUAGGAAACUCGUAUUUACGAUAAUUCUGAUAGCAUGUGAAGGUAGCAGUAGUCCUAACACACCUGCCUGAAAGACCUUGGCUGUGUUCUAAAUCGCCCCUAUACCUGUUUUCAUUCAGUCCUCAGUGAGUGAAUUUGGACAUUGAAUGGACCGGAAGGGCUGCUGCUUUUGCAUAGUUUGUGCUUGCCGUUUAAUGAUUAUUUGCAAAGUAGCAAACUGGCAGCUCUUAGAUUUAUCUUGAACACUGUCAUGAAAACUAGCAUGUAUAAACCUUAAUUAAACAAUCACUUAAAAGUGAAUUUAUGCCCGUUUGAUUUUACGCAGUACCCACAUUGGACCAGCAGUUUGGAAAAUGGAUGGAUGAUUCAGCUGCGGGAAUUCAUUCACGACUGUCGCAGUACUUUAUGGGUAUUCUCUAGCCGCUGAGCGUACAUUGAUUGUACACUCAUUAUUGCAGUGCUUUGUGGGAUUGAAUGAGUGCACUCGAUAAAGUCCACUAUGGUUUUGGACACCACUACAAAUGGCUGUUCCCUCAAAUAGUGCCCUAUUUAAGGGUAUAGGGGGCGAUUUCGGACACAGCCCUUGAUUAGCUGGUUCAGGUGUGUUUAAUUAGGGCUGGAGCUAAACUCUGCCAUCCUGGAUCAGGAUUGGCCAUAAACUGAAUGGCAUUUGUUUGUCUUCUGUAAACAGGACCUGGGGCACGUUCAAGCUCAAACCGGUGCGCAAAGUUUUGCUACGGUUUCUGGGUUGAACGACAUGUUUCCUGGAAACGGUGUGCAACGGGUUUGAGAUAUGUUUUCUCUUGUUUGGUGGGUGUGUCAAAAAUGUCAGCCCAAUCAGCAUCAGCAUGUAUAUAAACCACGCGGUACUAAAGAGACAGCUCGCACAAUGGGUAUGAAUGUAACAUAAAAGCACUAUACAUAUUUAUAUAUUUUGCUAAUGUAUUUUGGAGUGACACUUUCAUAAACUUUUCUAUUCUACUCUGAUUAUAUAAUGGUAAAUAUUACAAUAUCAUAGCACAACAAUUGUGAUCAUCAAUGAUGAUAAGCCUAAUACUCACAAUAAAAAUAAUAAGGUCAUAGAUCAUAACACAGUCUCGGAGGUAAGAAGUGGAUUAUCCUUCAUCUGAAAUGUUUGUCUUUUCAUCCUGAAAUGCGAGGCAAAUGUUGGAUCACAAUAAUUAGAAACCACAGUUUUCACGAAUCCCUGUUCUCUUUUAUUCUGGAUGGCAAGGGCAGUGACUGUAACAUCGAGUGUAUUUUGCAGUAUUAAACACGUAUAUACCGAUUUCAUCAGGCUCCGAAAAUUCUUCAAAAAUAACACAAAGAAUGGCCUUCUCAGCUGCCAUAGUUGCAACUCUUGCGUCAUCAGAACAGGGUGUUCAACGCACCACAGUUUCAGUUUAAAAAACGUUUUGCAACGUUUUGUCAGGGCUGAACGCAGCCCUGAUGUCAAAUUGCUGCAAUAUCAGUUCAGAACAUUUGCUGAAACGUUCUGUUUUGGGUAAAAAAAUCUCGAACAUGAAUGAUUCAAAAGUACAAGGUUUGGCCAGUCUCUAUUGGACAAGUAACUGGAGGGGAGGAGUUGUGACUUCAGAUAAAAAGUGGCAAGGCACAUUUUUUACAUUUUGUUGAAAAAUGAUAAAAACCUUUUUUUCUUUUAAGAAUAGAACGAAGCUAGAACUGGGUUUCCGAAACUUGGGUUCGCGAGCCACUGUUCAAUAUUUUAUUUUAUUUUUUUAAAUAAAAAGUUUGUUCAGAAAACAAGACCAGAAAACAUGUAUUAUCAAUGCAAAUUCUGUGGAAGUUGAAUUCAUGUCGUCAGUAGUAGUUGGUGCUGUACCAGAGAAGUUUUUUUUUUUUUUUUUUUUACUAAA